CACUAACUGUUAUAGGGACUUGUGGAGAGCUAGAAGGAAGCUAUGGCAAAGAUGGUGGAAAACGUGGGGCAAUCUGUAUCUAUAAUAAAAUCAAUUAAAGAAGAUAACAAAACAGAGAUGGUUUGUAAGAGAUGCAAACAAACGUACAAUCCAUCUUCAAACAACCCUUCAGCUUGUCAAUUCCAUCCUUCUUUCUUUGUUUGCCGACGUCACGACGAUCAGAAAAGGUACUAUGAACUGGGACCAGAUGAUCCACCAUAUGCUGCCAAGUUUUAUGAUUGUUGUGGAGCAGAGGAUCCAAAUGCAUCUGGCUGCACGACCAGCUUCCAUAUUUCUUACGAUGAUGCUUGAUUUGCUGAAAGCAUAAUGUUAAUUAGCAUAUCUGUAUAUAAACUUUGAAAGAAUAAAUGGAUCUAUAAAAAUGUCCCCAUUUACCUUGCAUGUUGGUAAUCCUACUUGGUUUUUCUAUUAAUUGCAGGUUUCCUUCUACAAA